CCUCCGACCCUCAGUUCCCUGUGAGACUCAGUGAGGUGUGGGUGUCUGGUCGCUGGUGCUGCUCGGGUGUUGAUCUCUCCACAAAGAUGCCUUGCUCGGCCAUCACGCUGUCCCUGGCCACCAUAUGCGCCGUGGUGUCCGUGGCGCUGCUGGCCAUCGCGUUCGGCACAGACAACUGGCAGUACAUCAACGUCAACAGGAUUGCGAUAGAGGGCUCUCUCUCCGUGUCCAACAUCUCGCCACAGGAGUUUGAUGAAAGUGGCCUGUACCGCGUGAGGACUAAGGGGCUCUUUAGAAUCUGCUACCCUGACACAAGGCCCAAAGGAGUUGAGUUGUACAUGUCGCCGGUGGAGACGUACUGCGAGAACAUCGACUACCACAUCUUCAACGAGGACUCUGACCCCACACAGUUCAGCGAGGACGAGAUGGUCAGGCUGCAUAUGGCCCGCUCCAUGAUCGCUCUCUUCAUUGUGUCAUUCUUCUUUGUCUUCGUGGCCUUCUGGACUGGAGUGGCUGGCUGCUGGCGUCGCUCUCCUGGGAACAUCGCCUCUACUGCCAUCCUGAUGCUCCUUGCCUGUCUGUUCUCUGCCGGUGGUAUGGGUCUAUGGCAUGGCGUGGAGUAUUAUGAGGAGGAGAAGCUGAAGACUGACCCGUGGAAGGCUUCUUGGGAUGAGCUGCUGAGUGACAACACCAAGGUCAUGUACGACUGGUCCUAUUUCAUCGCCUGGAUCGGGGUGGGCUGGACACUCAUCUCUGCCCUGCUGUUCUCCGGUGCCUCCGUGUGUCUGCGGAGCGAGCGAGAGCGUGAGGAUGCUAAGAACAUGGCCUACCUCAUGCCUGUGUACCCACAGAAGCAGCAGUACCCCUCCUACGGCUAUGGCUACCCUGGACCCUACCACUACGGCUCCCAGUACGGCCCUUACAACUACUAGUGACCUGCUGUCCUCGCCAUGCUGGGCCACGCGCCACAACACCCUCAGGUCUCCAGGGUGAGGCUUUAACCACCACCACCACCACUGUGAGGGUUACAACACCAGUACAGCUCACCAACCACCAGUAACAUGUAGCCCUGUGAGGAUUGUUGCUACACACAUCAAUGAAAGGGUAGACGGUUGCCCUGGCUGUCAUCAUCCCAGGAAGGAUGCCGCUGUUACGCCUCACUCUAAGUAAUCAGGAGACUGCUCACCAUCUGAAGCAAUGUUGCCUCACAAUUGUCAUCACCAAGAGGGUUGCAACACUAACCACUGCUGGAAGCCUUGCCACACACUCUCCAGUCACCAGCAGCAGCAGCAGCAGCAGGGAGGAGGAAGGGUUACCACACACCAUCACAAGGCUUGGCUCACACCGCCAGGAGUGACAUGCAGCAGGUCACCAUUCCUCCCGUCACCAGGCUGCUGCCACACCUAAAAAAGGUUACUACCACCACAGUGGCACAGAGCUAGCAGUGAUGGAGCCUUUACCACACUGCCAUGCUUAGUGUGGCCACUGGCUGGCCAUCACUGCAGCAGUGCACAGUGCAUGGUGCACUCACAGGCUGAGGCACAAAGAGCCGGGAUGCAGUGCAUUACUGCACCUCCAUUCAAUAUGCAAUAGUUGUUAGGACUUAUAAAACAUUGGUGUAGGCUGAUUAACUAAAUUAAGGGGAGGGAGGGCCAUUGCUCACUAGGAUCAGUAAAGCAAUGAAUGUAGACAAAGUAAGUGAAGUAAGUGGGAGGGAGGGUUAUUACUUGGUAAGUCAUGUGAAAGGGAAAUAAAGUAUUUGUAAAUAGGACAUUAUUGUUUCUCAGCAAUACUCACACUUGUUGGCAAUCAGGGCAGACCAAGAGAUGUGUCUAGGGCAGGUGUGGAGGGGUGCCCGUCAUCCGUGGUGAUGACGCUGGCUCACCACACACACACACCUCCCUCAGGAAGAUGAUGGAGGGUCAGGGUUUGUGACGGCUGCUGCAGCUGUUGUCCUGAACCCUGCUCCUCUGUUGUUGUUUUUGUUUAGGAUACAGUGUGUUUGUUGUGCUUCGCCCAUGCAGUGCUGCUCUCUGUCUCAUCAUAGCUUGAACAGUAUCACAGCAUCUUUUUAUACCAUUGACAGUUUUCUUUCAAAAUGUUUGAGAGUUUUCCUUUGUACUCACAACUGUCCUUCACUUGAGUCAUCUUAGCCGUGGUGAGAGGAAGACAGCGGCAACCCUGGCUGGGUCAGCUCCACAUCAGCACACAAGGUUACUUUGGUAUUUUUCUACAAAGGACAUUUCCCAGUAUUUCUUCUAAUGUAGUUGUCCUCUGCCUCACAGUCUGUCCUCACGCUCCCUGUUGCUGCGUUGUGCUGUGCUGUGCAGUGCUGCGCUGUAAUGUAAACAUGGACAUUAGGGACUUCCUUACCUCCUUAGAGUCUUUAGUGAGGUUGAGCUGACACAUGCAAGUAUAAUGCUUGUUCUAUAAUGCCGUGUAACAUAUCUAGUUCUCACUUGUGUAUCGACAUUCAACGUCUCAACAAAACACUCCAGCGCUCAAGACUUUUCACACUUUUUAUAUUUUUGUAUAAUGUAAUUUUGUAAUUAUGUUAUAUUACCGCGAGACUUGGCGAACCACACCGUGAAAGACGUUUAUACUGGUUGUACGUUUCAGAAGCUGGCCUGUACAUACUGCAUUAGACCUAGCCUCUUAUUUAUUAGGUUAUGUUGUAUACUAAUCUCCCUCUGGAAUGUUUGUUUUCAUAUGUGACAUGUGAGAAUGUUGUCAUCACUCUGAGGGCGAGUGUGUCCAACGCUGCCUCAGUGGGGAGGAGUGUGUGUCUGCCACCCUGCACACACCCUGCCAACACACCCACCAAUCACAACGCAGGAAACACUCGGGGCAUCUUGGCAUGAUAAGUUAUACAAUCAAUAGUUAAAAUGAACACAAUUUGUCCUCCAAGCUUAACAUGUUCUUAAAGGUGAGCAGGCAAGACUAUGAUAUUGCCAUGAUUGCAUUUCCACAAAACGUGCACAGUACAGAUGCAGUGUUCCUCCAGUCCUGUGUGUGGCUGGUCAUGUCCAUUCUGUCAUUAACUAAUUGAAAAAAUCUCCAAAAACUGUUACAACUGUUUAUGAUGAAAACAAGGAACUCUGCUCAUUUCAUAACAUGUAAUGGACAGACUUAUUGUAAACCUUCAUCUGAGGCAAACAGUGUCUCAGUACCACCAGUGUACACUAGUUCACUGGACACUGGAGGGAAGCUGUCCACUGUAAUUGGUGUCACGUCACUAGUUAAUUUAAUGUAGCUCAUGAAAAAGUGACUUAUUACUAAUAGCUACUCUCAAGCUAUAAAUUCACUGGAAUAUUACUGAAGUGAGUGUCAAGGCAUGUACAGCACUUGGUUAUGUAUCAUGUAGUUCAGUAUUGGCCACUGCUUCCCCUUGGCUUAGCUGUGAUGUCAGUGAGGAGGAGGAUUUGAAGGCCACCACGGAGCACUGACCAACACAAGACUCGGUGCCUCAUCAGGAACAACACUGUGACCUUACUAUGAUGGAGUGACCAGAUUGUGCCUUUCAGUUUAUCAUUGCAGGCAACACAUUUGUGCCUUAAAGCCUCAUGGAGACUUAUAGUGUGGGAAUGUACACAAUCAAACAAGCUCAAUAAUCAAUGUGCCUUCCACUAUUGUUAAGAGUCGACACAGUGACUGAAAGCUGCUGAAGGCUUGUGGGUUACUUAGCAAGGGUGAUGCCUCCCUGCUGAGCUUCAAACAAAUAUGUCCAUGUAUGCAUAUGAAAUAAAUGUUUUGUAUA